AUCAACCGCUGGAAAGUCGAGGAGAUGGCCAGCCGCAGACAGCGGAGGAAGAUCGGCGAGAAGAAGAAGAGGAGAAAGACCAGAGCGGCUACGAUAAAGAAGAAGAUCGUCAAGAAGUCCUCUGCGCCAGCGCCGCAAGCCAUCGAACCCAAACCCUCUGCCGCGCGCACGGGGUGCAGAAACGGGCGGCAGGAGGGAACGGCGCCGGCCAAGGAGCAGGACGACAAGAAACAAGAUGAGCGCCGCCGCCGUGAGAAGAGGACAUGCGACCUUUGCGGAGUAGGCAGAAUCCACGAGAACGAUCACUUCUGCCCCUACAACUACAUCCACGGGCCUUUUAGCCUCGGAACAUGCAGAGAGCGGUGCCCCCCGGGGAGGCACCCGCUCUUGCUGGCCUCCGCCUCCGGCUCUGGGAGCCAACACCAGCUGCGCCGCCUCGUGCGCGUGACCAACGUGCCGCUGAGCGUGAUCCCCGGCGAGCACGAGUUGCGCGGGCUCUUCACGCGGUUCGGGCCGCUUCUCAUGGGCGACUUAACGAGCUCGAGGAGCCAUGACCCCGUGGGAUUCGGGUGGGUCGCGUUCGAGAGCCGUGAGCACGCGGAGGAGGCAAUCAACAAGCUCAACGGCCACCUCGUCGGUGACCGCAGGCUCCGAGUUGACUGGGUAUAUCCACGCUGAGACGUUUGAGAAAUAUAAUCCGUACAUGCAAUGUAUUGCGGAAUUUCCUUCACACAGUGGGAGCAACUAUAGCGCGUUCCCAAAGGAGUCACUAAUCAUCAGACGUCUGUUUUUUUAUUUGCUUCUGGCCUUUUUUCUUUCUUCUGAUUUGCGUUUUCACACGUGUCUAUAUUCAGUACUCAGUCGAAUUUGCGCCAGUCUCUUUGGCCCUUCUACGAUUUGCACGUCAA